AUGUGUUGGAUUAUACAGUCGAUAUUCCUCGGCAAUCUACACGGCUUGUUGAUGGCAUAUAUUUCAACACUUUUAAUCUUACCAUUUUGUAUACAUUGUAAAGAAGAUUUGAAUCCCAUUGAACCAGAAUGUUUUGAACCCGGAAAACCAAAACGUUGCUGCACGGACUACAGAACAAUUGCAGGAAAAUGCCACGCGUGCAUAGGUUCCUUUGGUAUAGAAUGUGUUAGACCAUGCCCUUCUGGAUAUCAUGGAAUAAAAUGCUCGGAGAAAUGUCUGUGUGACGAAUGUAACAGCACAAAUGGAGUGUGCUUUAACGUUACCGGAACUGCAAAAAAUGAGAAUACCACUCGACCUGGCAUAUGGAUACCAGUUUUGUUAGCUGUAUUAUUUAGCUUGGGAGCCAUAGUUGUGCUUUUUACCUUUCUUAUUAAAAGAACUUUGAGAAAGAAAGAAACAGGACCUAGAUUUCCGGAGCAAACACAGAAAUCAGAAGAGAAUUUUGAGGAAUGCGAUUAUGAUGUCGUUAUAUAG